AUGGAGGCACAGCUGCUCCCCGGUAAUUUGGGGAGGGGAGGUGUUCCCGUGCCCUGUGGGAUGGUCCUGGAUCAACCCCAGGUCUCCGAGGUGGUGGUCAGAGUUGGAGGUGCGACUAUGGGUGCUAACGGUCGACACUUGGUGUUUUAUAUAAUUGUUUCAGCUGCUGUCUCAGCUGUGAAAAUGGAAGCAGAAAGGAGGAGGCGUGCUCCAUCUCAUAUCCUGGGUAAAGCCUUACAACGGCCUAGUACCAGGAAAAGUCCUUCUGCUAGAGUUGACACAUCUGCAUUUCUGUCAUCAUUUAUGUGCUCCAGCAGGACUCUGCUGAUUGAUGCUCCAGUACAACUACAAAGAGGCCUGCAGAGGAAGGAGCGACACCUUUUCCUAUUCAAUGAUCUGUUUGUUGUGACUAAAAUCAAAUAUAACAACAACUUGAAGAUAAAAAAUAAAAUAAAAUUAACUGAUAUGUGGACAGCAACCUGUGUGGACGAAGUGGGAGAAGGCAACACCAAUGCCAUGAAAUCCUUUUUCUUGGGCUGGCCCACAGUGAACUUUGUGGCCACUUUCAGUUCUCCAGAACAAAAGGAAAAAUGGUUCUCUCUCCUUCAGAGAUACAUCAAUCUAGAAAAAGAGAAGGACUACCCGAAGAGCAUUCCGCUCAGAAUCUUCACCAAGGACAUUGGGAAUUGUGCCUAUUCUAAAACUAUAACAGUAAUGAAUUCAGAUACAGCCAAUGAAGUUAUCAACAUGUCAUUAACAAUGCUAAGGAUAACUGGCUCAGAGAGAGAUUACCAGUUAUGGGUCAAUUCUGGCAAAGAAGCGGCACCAUACCCACUCAUUGGGCAUGAAUAUCCUUAUGGAAUUAAAAUGAGCCAUCUUCGAGACACUGCACUCCUGACACAGGGAUCAAAGGACUCCACCACACCUCUCAACUUCCAGGAGCCCUUCCUUAUGGAACAGCUGCCCCAAGAGAUGCGGUGCCAGUUCAUCCUGAAGCGCAGCCGUCUGGCUAUGGCCCAGCAACUGAGUGAUUCAAAUCAGAAGAAAUUUAAAAGGAGAAGAUCUAUCUUAAACUGGGCCUUUUGGCGAGGUUCUAGCACUCACCAGCACAACUUGCCCAUAUCUCCAACAUCUCCUGUGCCAGGACAGCUGUUUGGAGUUUCUCUGCCAAAUAUUUGUGAGAAUGAUAAUCUCCCCAAACCUGUCUUGGAUAUGCUUUACUUUCUUAAUCAAAAAGGACCCCUAACAAAAGGAAUCUUCAGGCUAUCAGCCAAUCUGAAAUCCUGCAGAGAGCUAAAAGAAAAACUGAAUUCUGGAGUCGAAGUACACCUAGACUGUGAAUGUAUUUUUGUGAUAACAUCUGUUUUAAAGGAAUUUCUGCGAAAUAUUCCUGGAAGCAUUUUUUCAUCAAAUCUCUAUGAUCACUGGGUCUGUGUAAUGGAUCAAGGAAACAAUGAAGAGAAAAUAAAUACAAUUCAAAGGCUAUUAGACCAGCUUCCGAGAGCAAAUGUUGUUCUCCUAAAGUAUCUUUUUGGAGUAUUACACAACAUAGAACAACAGUCCUCAUCUAACCAGAUGACUGCAUAUAAUUUAGCUGUGUGUAUAGCUCCAAGCAUCCUUUGGCCUCCUCUUUCCUCCAGCCUGGAAGUACAAAAUGAAUUUACAAAAAAGGUUCCCCUGCUUGUACAGUUUCUGAUUGAAAAUUGCUGCACGAUAUUUGGUGAAGAAAUUACUUCCCUCUUAGGAGAGACUUCAGUGAGAUGUGGCACUAGAGAGAAUGCCUCAGAUAUCUCUUGCUUCCAACCAAGUGACUCUUCCCAUGACAGCUUGGAAAAUGAAGUAAAUGGGGAUGUGGACGCUCCCUGUAGUGACUUGGCAAAGAAACUUGACCAGAGUAGCAGAAGCAUGGACUCUAUCUUAACCCUCAGUGACCAUGGCCUUGACCAGCCUGAGGCGGAAGGCAUUUUAACCCUGAGUGACUUUGACUUAGACCAGUCUAAAGAUGAAGACAUUCAAAUGAAACAGCCUCUUGAAUUCAAGCCAAUGACGAUUACAGUGAUGUACAGAGAGGCCCUCCCACAGCAGGAGCAUGCCAUGGCCCUAUCUGACAUGUGCACACCCAGCUACCUGUCCUCAGAUGCAACAGAUGCUCCAAAAACCCUGAGGCGACACUGGCGCUGCUCGGAGCCCAGAACCGACUGUCUAGAUUCUAAGCUUUCCUCUCUCGAGGAGGUUUAUCAGAAAAAGCUGCGCAAGUCCAGCUAUGAAGCAAUUCUCUCUCAAAAAGAUGAGGAUUAUCUGAAGCAGAAUCAACGUCUCCAGGAAGGGGAUAAGACAUGUUUUAAACAGAGUUCAGUCACAAGCACUGAUGUCAGCGAGAAAAAUGCCACCAAUCAAAAUAUUAAGAAGGAAAACUUGUCUGGUACUGAAGGAAAUCAUGGGAAACUUUUCCAUAAUUCCAAGCGAGUGUCCAUUUCUGUGGCAUCUUAUAGUCAUAUGUCCUCACAAGAUCAUUCCAGGAACCAGCCCUUUGAUGAAGAUACAUCGGGAUACUCCCUGCCACACACAACAGGAAUCAGAGAGACACAGCAGCUCUCCAUUCAGCCUAGUAGACAGCGGACUCAAACUGCGUAUGAAGUCCCACAAGGAAGUCAAGCCUGUAGGUCAGGGCUAUUCUACACUUCUGUGUUGGAGAAGAGCCUCAGCCAGCUGUCAGAGAAUGGAGGAUAUGGCCAGCCCAGACAUUUAACCAAAGACAUUUAA